UUCUGUUACUUAAGUUAGACGUUUUUAUUAGAGAAUCUACGAAGAAACACAAUUUAAUAUAAAUUUCUUUGCAUUAAUAAUCUUAUCGAUUAAAUUAAACCUUGAUUGUAACAAAUACUCAAUUAAAUAUAUCACACAAAAAUUGUUUGAUUAUCGCAGUUUACUAAAUCGGAGAUUUUGAUUAAUAGAUUAUCUUUUCAAAAGUCUUCAUUGUGAUCAAAUUAAAGCAUCAAUGGGAGCUGGAAGUUGUAAAUCUUUUUCCUCAAGACAAGCAGAGGUUGAGCCUCGGAUAAUCACUGGAAACCAUUCUAAUGAUGACGAAUUUGUCGAAGAAGUUGUUUGUAAAGAGUCGGAAAUUGAGGAAAAUCAAAUGAAGAAUUAUGAUUUUGGUGGAUCAAAAGUUUUGAUUGUCAAACAGAAUGGAAAGAUAUCCGCACUUGGAACAAAAUGUUCCCACUAUGGAGCUUUACUUUCAACUGGUGCCCUCGGAAAUGGACGAAUAAGAUGUCCAUGGCAUGGUGCUUGCUUUAAUAUUGAAACUGGUGACAUUGAAGAUUAUCCUGGUCAAGAUUCAAUACCUUGCUAUCGAGUGAAAAUCGAAAAUGGCCAAGUCCAAGUUCGUGCAAAGAAGAUUGACUUAAAAGCUAACAGACGAACAAAAGAAAUGCUCGUACAACAAAACGAUGAGAGAACUUUUGUUGUUGUUGGCGGUGGACCAAGUGGAGCAAUAUGCGCUGAAACACUUCGACAAAAUGGAUUUGGUGGUCGAAUUGUGAUGGUUUGUAAGGAACCAAAUUUACCUUAUGAUCGAACUAAACUCAGCAAGGUGAUGGACAUGCCAGCUGAAAAACUUCAUUUACGAACAAAAGCCUUUUAUGAUGAUAAUAAUAUUGAAACUUUAAUUAAUGUUGAAGCUAUAGCUUUAAAUAUUUCUAACCAAAAUAUUGCUCUCAGUAAUGGUUAUCACAUUAAAUAUGAUAAGAUUUAUAUUGCUACUGGUUCGUCACCACGUAGGGUUGGAAUCCCUGGAGAUGACCUCAAGAACGUUGUGACACUGAGAAACAUUGUCGACUCACAUUACAUCAAUGAAAUUUUGAAUUCUUCCAGUCACGUUGUUGUUCUUGGUGUAAGUUUCAUUGGCCUUGAAGCUGCUGCUUACUGCGUUAAUAAAGUGUCAAGAGUCACUGUCAUUGGAAGAGAUUCCGUUCCUUUGCGACCCAUAUUUGGUGAAGCAGUUGGAGCUCGAGUUAUGGAAUUUUUCCAAGAUCAAAAUGUUAAUUUUAUUAUGCAGAACGGUAUUAAAAGAUGUCAUGGGAGUGACGGCAUUCUGCAGUCAGUUGAAUUAAAUGACGGUUCGAUCAUUAAGGCUGAUGUUUGUAUCAUGGGAAUUGGAUCGACAUUAAACACUGCUUUUCUUAAGGAUAGUGGGUUGAAAAUAAAUAGUGAUGGUUCUAUCGAUGCAAAUGAUCGUCUCGAAACCAGCAUUCCCAAUGUUUACGUUGGUGGUGAUAUCGCCAAUAGUCCAGUAUUCGCAAACGAUAAUAAAUUAACUGCUAUUGGCCAUUAUCCGUUAGCUCAAUAUCAUGGAAGAGUUGCUGCCGAUAACAUGUGUGGAAAGUCAAAUAAACUUCACGUCGUUCCUUUCUUCUGGUGCAUGGUGUUUGGGAAGUCUUUCAGAUAUUGUGGAUAUGGAAAACCAUCAGAAGUUCACAUUGAAGGAAACUUGCAAGAUAUGAAAUUUGUCGCUUUUUACCUAAACGAUAGUGGAACUGUCAUUGCAGUGGCAUCAUGUCAGAGAGAUCCUGUUGUGUCCCAGUUUGCUGAAUUCCUUUCUCAGGGACGAAAACUUAAGAAAACUGAACUUCUGACUGAUCCGUUUGGUUGGAUUCAGAAUAUUAACAAAACGAAUUGUGAUAUUAUUAACAUUCAAACAUUCUUCCUUAUUUAAUAUUAUUCAAAUCGAUAUUUUUAUCAGAUUUCUUAACGUGUCGUCGCUCUCCUCAGAGUACCUAAUUAUUUUUUGAAAAUUUAUUCUCUCAUGUUAAAUGAAAAUUUCUCGUUUUCAGCAAAAGAAAAGCAACGUA